AUGACUUAUUCCUACACCGUUUACAAAGGCUCCGAGUCCGGUGCCAUCAAGAAGGCCACCAACACCAAGCCUGAGCUCAAGGGCGACCAGGUCUACAUCAGAGUCACCGCCUCCGGUCUCUGCGGUACUGACUUGCACUACCGCAAGGCCGACAUGGCCCUUGGCCACGAGGGUGUCGGUGUCGUUGAGGAGACUGGACCUGCCUGCACCCUCCUGAAGAAGGGUGACCGCGUUGGCUGGGGUUACGAGCACGACUCUUGCUCCCACUGCGAGCAGUGCUUGAAGGGAACCGAGACCUACUGCCCCGAGAGAAAGAUGUACGGUUACGCCGAUGCCGACCAGGGUUCUUUCGCUUCCCACGGUGUCUGGCGCGAGGCCUUCCUCUUCAAGACCCCCGACAGCCUUCCCGAUGAGGCCGCUGCCCCUCUCCAGUGCGGUGGUGCCACCGUCUUCAACGCCCUCCACAUGUACAACACCCAGCCCACCGAGCGCGUCGGUAUUGUCGGUGUCGGCGGUCUCGGUCACUUGGCCAUCCAGUUCGCCGCCAAGAUGGGUUGCGACGUUGUCGUCUUCUCCGGUACCGACUCCAAGAAGGAGGAGGCCAAGAGACUCGGUGCCAGCGAGUUCUACGCCACCAAGGGUGUCAGCGAGCUCAAGGACGUCAAGCCCAUCAACCGCCUGCUCGUCACCACCUCCGCCCAGAUCGACUGGAAGCUCUACCUCCCCGUCAUGGCCCCUGGCGGUACCAUCUUCCCCCUCUCCGUCGAUGAGGGUGACUUCUCCAUCCCUUACAUGGGUCUCCUCGCUCAGGGUCUCACCGUCCAGGGCUCCAUCGUCGCUCCCCGCUUCAUCCACAAGAGAAUGUUGGAGUUCGCCGCCCACCACCAGAUCAAGCCCAUCACCCAGCACUACGACAUGUCCGUAGAGGGCAUUGAGAAGGCCAUGAAGGACCUUGACGAGGGCAACGUCAGAUACAGAGCCGUUCUGUUCAACAAGGCCUAA